CUAACGCGAGGCUCGCGCGGGGCUGUCCUCGGCCGCGCCGGGCUCUGCCUGCAGUGUGGCCCGUCCGGACAGUCCCUCACCCCGGCCUGCGCUGCUGCGUGGACUCGGGACUCAGGAAUUCCGCCGCGGCCCAAGGCUUGCCAGUUUGACAAAGAGCAGUCGCGGCAGGUGGUGGGCAAGGCUGCUCUGGGCGGGGGCCGGGGCAAGGCUCGGGCUCCACCAUGGCGACCGCGGCGCGUGUUGUGGGCCGGCUCCCCGCGCUGUAUAGCUGGACGGCAGGUCGUUUACUGGGGAGGCAGCGUUCCCUAAGCACCUCACCAGCAGCUUCCAUUUCGGCGUGGACGACUGCUCUGAGCAAUGGCUGUUUGUCAUCACUGGGAACCAGAGACACCCAUCGCUACGCCAGCCUGAGCCACGCACUGCAGACCCAAUGCUGUAUUUCUUCUCCCAGUCACCUGAUGGGCCAGCAGUGUAGACCAUAUAGUUUCUUCACUAAAUUGACUGCAGAUGAGCUGUGGAAAGGCGCUUUAGCAGAGACUGGUGCUGGAUCAAGAAAAGGAAGAGGCAAAAGAACUAAAAAGAAGAAAAGGAAGGAUCUGAACAGGGGUCAGAUCAUUGGUGAAGGGCGUUACGGUUUUCUGUGGCCUGGUCUGAAUGUCCCUCUUAUGAAAAAUGGAGCAGUGCAGACCAUUGCCCAAAGAAACAAGGAAGAGCAGAAGAAGGUGGAGGCCAACAUGAUCCAGCAGAGAGAAGAGUGGGACCGAAAGAAGAAGAUAAAAGUUAAACACGAGCGAGGAUGGAGUGGAAACUCCUGGGGAGGCGUCAGUCUUGGCCCCCCUGACCCUGGCCCCAAUGGAGAAACAUACGAGGAUUUUGAUACCAGGAUACUUGAGGUAAGAAAUGUUUUCAAUAUGACAGCGAAAGAGGGAAGAAAGAAAUCGGUCCGUGUCCUGGUGGCUGUGGGGAACGGAAAAGGAGCUGCAGGUUUUGCUAUUGGGAAAGCCACUGAUCGGACGGACGCUUUCAGGAAAGCAAAGAACAAAGCAGUUCACUAUUUGCAUUAUAUAGAACGAUAUGAAGACCAUACAAUAUUCCAUGAUAUUUCAUUAAGAUUUAGAAGGACGCAUAUCAAGAUGAAGAAACAACCCAAAGGUCCAGGUGUUUACUGCUCAUCACAUUCUGAUUGGAUGCCUUCUGUGAGCUGGGUGCUGUGCUGGGCACUAGGGAUGCUGCAGAGAUGGCCUUUCCUGUUCUGUGGACAAGCAGGCAGGCAGACAGAGUGCAGGGUCAUGGGCUAGGGCAGUCAUGCCUAGUGGUCUCUGAGUUGUAGGAUUCUUGAACCUUCUGAUUUGCAUUUUACUGAUUAUAUAAAAUCAGUAAAAAAUGAUUUUAUAUAACUUGGUAUUUAAAUCUCAAAAAGUUUGAGUCAGAAGAGAUAAAAUGUUAAAUUUUCAUAUCAAAGCUUCUAAUACAACUUUGCUAGAGCCAUGGCUUGGAAUAAAUCAGGAGAAAAAACCCUCAAAUACAGAAUCAGUUGUGUUAAUGCACCAGAACCUGCCUUCUGCUUUAAAGCCAUAAUUAAUGAUUUAAGUGCUGGAUAAAAACCACCUAUUUUGUCUUUAGAAAAGGUGUUAAGUGGACUUCAAGGUUUAGAUCUGUGCUGUCCCAUACAGCAGUCACUAGUCACUAGCCAGCCUAGCUAUUGAGCACUUAACAUGUGGCUAUUGAGAUGUGCUCUAAUUGUCAAAUACACACCAGAAUUCAAAUACCUAGUACAAAACAAGAAUAUAAAAUCUCAAAAAUAUUAUUGCAUUGAUUACAUUUUAAAUGAUAAUGUUUAGACAUGUUGGGUUAAUAAAACACGUCACUAAAUAAACUUUUUUAAAAAAUUGAAAAAAUGUAUCUGUGAGAACAUUUAAAAUUAUGGCUUCUGCUUAUGGCUUGGAUCAUACUUACGUUGAGCAGCGUGGUUUAGACACAUUUAUAUCUGAAUGAGUUUUGAAUGACUGCUACAAUUUAUAUUUUAAAAAUAAUUUCUCUGGCAAGGUCCCCAUAUGUUCAUGUAUUAUAUUCAUGUUUUCU